CGGAGAAAGGGAGGGCGUCUCGGUUGGCUUGUACCUGUAAAUCCGCGGAGGCCGCGACGAGAGGACCACGGCCGGCGCAAGGGGUGGACUUUGGCCCCGCGGAGCUCGCGUCCCUACGUCCCUUCGCUGUCGCGGCGGCGAGGGCCGGACCCACCAGGUGGCCGCGCGCGCUGCCGGCUGGUCGCCCGCGCACCUCUCCCCGCCUCGCAGGCCGGAACGCGCCCCGACACCCCGACCUGGGCGCGAGCGUCUGUGUGGGUGUUCGGGCCUGGCUGAAGCGGGCAGGAAAAGUUGUCCUACCGUCUCAGACUCGGGGAGCUCUUAGGUGGGCUGGCGGUCACGACGGAGGUGAGCCAACCGGAACGGGUGAGUGCUCAGAGCCGGCGGGAGGGAGAAAGGCUGUGAAAGACUGUGGACGUGUGUAAGGUGUGCGCACAUAUCCAGUCAUCAUGGACUCCGAGGUGAUUGAAGAGCUGCCUCGCCAAAGUGCCCUGCGUCUACCUAGAAGAAUAAUGAAGUAGUAGCAGAUCAAACAAAUAAUAGAAGUCUGUUGAAGCUUUGUCCUGACCUAUUCUGGAAGUAGAAGAAUACCCUGGAGAAAGGAGCAUUGUAAGCACAAAGAAUAAGACUCCUCAAUCCUGGAAGAGAGAAUUAAAGUCUAACCCUCCAAAUGGCUGCUCUAGUGUGAUGUUGGGACUGAAUUUGCUGAGUACUCCAUAUCAAGGUUGACUUCAAGGUCUUGUGGGAGAACUGCAAGAAAUAGGUAUUAAGUCAUGAUGCAGGAGUCUGCGACAGAGACAAUAACCAACAGUUCAAUGAAUCAAAAUGGAAUGAGCACUCUAAGCAGCCAAUUAGAUGCUGGCAGCAGAGAUGGAAGAUCAAGUGGUGACACGAGCUCUGAAGUAAGCACAGUGGAGCUGCUGCACCUGCAACAACAGCAGGCUCUCCAAGCAGCAAGACAACUUCUCUUACAGCAGCAAACAAGUGGACUGAAGUCUCCUAAGAGCAGUGACAAACAGAGACCACUUCAGGACUUGCUUCCAGAAACAAAAUUUUGUGUCUGUGGCCACUCUUCUGGUGAUGGGCAUCCUCACAACACAUUUGCAGUGCCCGUGUCUGUGGCCAUGAUGACCCCCCAGGUGAUCACCCCCCAGCAAAUGCAGCAGAUCCUCCAGCAGCAAGUCCUGUCUCCCCAGCAGCUCCAGGCCCUUCUCCAGCAGCAGCAGGCAGUAAUGCUGCAGCAGCAACAACUACAAGAGUUUUACAAGAAACAGCAAGAGCAGUUACAUCUUCAGCUUUUGCAGCAGCAGCAACAGCAGCAGCAGCAGCAACAGCAGCCGCCGCAGCCCCAGCCACAGCCGCCGCAGCCGCAGCCACAGCCGCAGCAUCCUGGAAAGCAGGCCAAGGAGCAGCAGCAGCAGCAGCAACAGCAGCAGCAACAGCAGCAGCAGCAGCUGGCGGCCCAGCAGCUUGUCUUCCAGCAGCAGCUUCUCCAGAUGCAGCAACUCCAGCAGCAGCAACAUCUGCUCAGCCUUCAGCGCCAGGGACUGAUCUCCAUCCCACCAGGCCAGGCGGCUCUUCCGGUCCAGUCGAUGCCCCAAGCUGGCUUAAGUCCCGCUGAGAUUCAGCAGUUGUGGAAAGAAGUGACUGGAGUUCACAGCAUGGAAGACAACGGCAUCAAACAUGGAGGGCUGGACCUCACUACCAAUAACUCCUCCUCGACUACCUCCUCCACCACGUCCAAAGCAUCACCACCAAUCCCCCAUCAUUCCAUGGUGAAUGGACAGUCUUCAGUUCUAAGUGCAAGGCGAGACAGCUCGUCACACGAGGAGACUGGGGCCUCCCACACUCUCUAUGGCCAUGGAGUUUGCAAAUGGCCAGGCUGUGAAAGCAUUUGUGAAGAUUUUGGACAGUUUUUAAAGCACCUUAACAAUGAGCAUGCGCUGGACGACCGAAGCACUGCCCAGUGUCGAGUGCAAAUGCAGGUGGUGCAACAGUUAGAAAUCCAGCUUUCUAAAGAACGGGAACGUCUUCAAGCAAUGAUGACCCACUUGCACAUGCGACCCUCAGAGCCCAAACCAUCCCCCAAACCCCUAAAUCUGGUGUCUAGUGUCACCAUGUCGAAGACCAUGUUGGAGACAUCCCCACAGAGCUUACCUCAAACCCCUACCACACCAACGGCCCCAGUCACCCCGCUCACCCAGGGAGCCUCAGUAAUCACCCCAGCCAGUGUGCCCAAUGUGGGAGCCAUACGAAGGCGACAUUCAGACAAAUACAACAUUCCCAUGUCAUCAGAGAUUGCCCCAAACUACGAAUUUUAUAAAAAUGCAGAUGUCAGACCUCCCUUCACUUAUGCAACUCUCAUAAGGCAGGCUAUCAUGGAGUCAUCUGACAGGCAGUUAACACUUAAUGAAAUUUACAGCUGGUUUACGCGGACAUUUGCUUACUUCAGGCGUAAUGCAGCAACUUGGAAGAAUGCAGUACGUCAUAAUCUCAGCCUGCACAAGUGUUUUGUUCGAGUAGAAAAUGUUAAAGGAGCAGUGUGGACUGUGGAUGAAGUAGAAUACCAGAAGCGAAGGUCACAAAAGAUAACGGGAAGCCCAACCUUAGUAAAAAAUAUACCUACCAGUUUAGGCUACGGAGCAGCCCUUAAUGCCAGUUUGCAGGCUGCCUUGGCGGAGAGCAGCCUACCUCUGCUCAGCAACCCAGGACUGAUCAACAAUGCGUCCAGCGGCCUCCUGCAGGCCGUCCAUGAAGACCUCAAUGGCUCCCUGGACCACAUCGACAGCAAUGGGAACAGCAGCCCCGGCUGCUCACCUCAGCCACACAUACACUCAAUCCACGUCAAGGAGGAGCCGGUGAUAGCGGAGGAUGAAGACUGCCCGAUCUCCUUAGUGACCACCGCCAAUCACAGUCCAGAGUUAGAAGACGACAGAGAGAUCGAAGAAGAACCUUUGUCCGAAGAGCUGGAAUGAGAACUGGCUUGUGAAACCUCAGCGUGAAGGGACAUAUCACUGACCUUCAUAACCACUCCACAACCAUGACUAUUGACAGAUUUUUACUGUGACUAUUUAUUAAGCAUGGAUAAAGGAGACAGCCCUGAAGGAACUUACUAAAGCCAGCCCUUUGGGAUUCAGUACAAACAGGCAAAUUGCUUGUUUUCUUCUCUCUCUCCUCCUCUCUCUCUUUCUCUUUCUCUCUCUUUCUUUUUUAGAAAAAAAAAGAC